GGCUGCCGACCAGCGCCCAGGGCCGCCCCAUGGGCGACGAUGACCCGCGCCACGCCGUGGAGAUCAUGCGGGAGAAACUCGCCAAGGUCCACCCCUGCGCCGAGCGCGACCAGGCGGAGAAGCUUCUGGCGCAGCUGGAGGCGCGGUGGAGCUCUGGCGGCGACUGGCGCGCCGCACUGGCGCAGCUGAUCCCGCUGCUCGCCGGGCUACAGGAGGCCCUCGCAGGCGGCCGCCGCCGCAGGCGGAGGGCGCGGUCUGCCGCCCGGGCCGCGGGCGGCGGGUCUCCCCCGGGGAGGGGGAGGGGCGAGCGGCGGCUGCUCUGGGCGCGGUUUCCCCCCGCGGGUCGUUCCUCCUCCUCGCAGCCGUGAGUUGCGAUGUCUCCUUUGACCACUGCUGCUCGUGCUGCUGCUACUCGUAC